UUUCAGUCGUCAAACGGCAGCAUCCAACUCAAGUCGCAAGUUGCGGAAUCAACAGAAGCUUCAGAAUCGCAGAAACAUUGUUUACCUGGGUGAUCUUACAAGAUGUUCGACAAUCAUCGACUUAUGCUUCUUUGCUUCUGCUUGGGAGCACUGAUUAGCGUGUCCCUGGCCAUCGAAGAGUCCUCGGACAUCGAGGAGGAUGUGAUCAGCAUAGCCAACCAGACGCAGAAAGUGAUCCGCGUGCAUCCGCAGGACCUGCCACCCAAAAAGGACAGCACCGGCAGCCAAAUGAACUCGGCCUUCUUCCAGAUCCAGACCCUGCGUCCGGCUACGUCGGGAUCGGGAUCAGGAUCGGGAUCGGGAUCGGGAUCUGGCCAGCGGCAGUAUGUGGACUCCAAGCAGAUGCGAAAGAGGCGCCCGAGGCCAGCAGCCAAACUGCUGGGUGGGAAUGUGGCCGCCAGUGGUGAAGAUGCGACGCAGCCAGCCUUGAAAUACGAACUAAAAGCCUUUCCCAAGCAGAAACUCAAGCAGCAGAAGCAGCUAAACUUGGACACUAGGUUGGCCAUGGAGGGGGUGGAGGCCCAAAGUCAAGUAUUACCCGUCCAGAUGACGCCGGGCCCCUAUCCCAUCUACUACGUGGUGUCCAAGACCAACGGACGCUUCGGCAAGUUCCCCAUCAAGGCCUUCCGCUCGCCCUCGGAGUUCGCCAAGUACCUGGUGAAGAGCAAGGCGGAGCCCAUCGCCCGGGAUCAGCGCUUCGAGGUGAUCUUGUGAUCUUCCCCACUUAGUCAAAGCUAAUGCCUAAAUGCCUAAAUUAUUACCCCCUAAUCGUAGUCGUAACUAUAAUAUAAUAUGAACGCUAAUUGCCGCAAUAAACAUGUGUAUAUCUAAAUUUAGCCAAUGAAACAAAAGCAAAA